GCUUUCCCUUGAGCAAGUAUCCCGUCACCAUUCUCGGCGCCGGCAAGAUUGGUCGUGGCAUCGCGCGGAUGUUGCACCUAUCGGGCGAGUACGACGUGCUCGUCGGCGACAUCUCGCAAGAGGCGUGCGACGCGCUGGUGAAAGAGACCCCGGGCGUCACCGCCAAGGUGGUCAACGUCACCAACCACGACGAUGUCGUGAAGGCGUGUCAGGGCCGCAAGGCGGUGAUCUCGGCCUGUUCGUUCGAUCAGAACGAGGGGAUCGCCGUCGCGGCGCUAACGGCGGGCGUCAGCUACUUCGACCUCACCGAAGACGUCGCCACGACGCACGCCGUGCGGACCAUCGCCAAGCGCGCCGACGAGGGGCAGAUCUUCAUGCCCCAGUGCGGCCUGGCGCCGGGCUACAUCGGCAUCCUCGCCCACAGCCUCUGCCAAGGCUUCGACAAGCUCGACCGCGUCAAGAUGCGUGUCGGCGCGCUGCCGCUCUACCCGACGAACCAUCUCAAGUACAACCUGACUUGGUCGACCGACGGCCUCAUCAAUGAGUACUGCAACCCGUGCGAGGCGAUCUCGGACGGUAAGCGGAUGGACCUCCAGCCGAUGGAAGGUCUCGAGCACUUCGCGCUCGACGGCGUUGACUACGAGGCGUUCAACACGUCCGGCGGUCUCGGCACGCUCUGCGAAACGCUCGAAGGCCGCGUCAACGAACUCGACUACAAGACGGUCCGCUACGUCGGCCACCGCGAGCUGAUGAUGUUCCUCUUGCACGGCCUGCGCUUCUACGAUCACCGCGAUCUCUUGAAGAAGCUGAUGGAAGACGCGAUCCCCUGCACCAACCAGGACGUCGUGCUGAUCUUCAGCACCGUUACCGGCUGGCGAGGCGGCCGCUUCGAGCAAGUCGCCGACGCCCGCAAGGUGUACCACGGCAACGUCCACGGCCUGGAAGCCAGUUCGAUCCAGAUCACGACCGCAACGAGCAUGUGCUGCGUGGUCGACCUGCACCGUCUCGGCAUGCUCCCGUCGAAGGGCUUCGUGCGGCAAGAAGACGUGUCGCUCAAGGACUUCGAAGCAAACCCCUUCGGCGAGCCCUACGCGAAGAUCGAUGGCGUCCGGCCCGGCGUGGCGAUUGGCGCUGACUAUCAGCUCGGCAGCGGCGCGGCGUUCGAGCCCCUCUCACCGAUCGACGGCGAGCUGACCAGCAAGUGCGGCGCGGCGUCGCCCGCCGACGUGGGCGCCGCGGUGGCGGCGGCGCACGAGGCGUUCCUCCAGUGGCGCACCGUCCCCGCGCCGGUGCGUGGUCAGCUCGUGCUGCGGAUCGGCGAGAUGGCCCGCCAGCACAAGGCGGAGCUUGCCAAGCUGAUCACGCUCGAGGCGGGCAAGAUCCCGUCCGAAGCCGAGGGCGAGGUUCAGGAGUGGAUCGACGUUUGUGACUUUGCGGUCGGCCUCAGCCGCCAGCUUUAUGGUCUGUCGAUCGCCAGCGAACGGCCCGAGCACCAACUCAUCGAGCAGUGGCACCCGCUCGGCGUCGUGGGCGUGAUCUCGGCGUUCAACUUCCCGAACGCGGUCUGGGCGUGGAACGCGAUGAUCGCCCUGGUUUGUGGCGACUCGAUCGUCUGGAAGCCGUCAGAGCAGACGCCGCUGAUCUCACUGGCCUGUCACGAGAUGGUCGUCCGCGCUGCCGCGACCAUGCCCGAGGCGCCCGCCGCUCUGUCGUGCGUCGUCAACGGCGGCGCCGACGUUGGCGCGGCGCUUGCCACUGACAAACGCGUGCCGCUGGUGUCGGCGACGGGCUCGACGGCGAUGGGGCGCAAGGUCGCUGUCGCCGUCGGUCAGCGGCUCGGGCGUUCACUGCUCGAACUCGGCGGCAACAACGCGAUGAUCGUCACGCCGACAGCCGACCUCGACCUCGCGGUGCGUGCGAUCGUCUUCGCCGCGGUGGGCACCGCCGGCCAGCGCUGCACGAGCCUGCGGCGUUUAAUCGUUCACUCCUCGAUCGUCGACGAGCUAACAACGCGGCUCGAAAAGGCGUACAAGUCGCUGCCGAUCGGCGACCCCACGAAGGAAGGCGUCCUCGUCGGCCCGCUGGUCAGCGAAGCGUCGUUCAACAACAUGCAGACCAGCCUCGCCGCCGCCAAGCUCCAAGGGGGCGAGGUCCUCUGUGGGGGUGACCGCGUCACCGACGCGGUUCCGGCUGGCGGAUUCUACGUCACGCCAGCGCUGGUGCGGAUGCCGAAGCAGACCGAGGUGAUGCUCGACGAGACCUUCGCGCCGCUCACCUACAUCGUCACCUACGACACGCUCGAUGAAGCGAUGGCGAUUCACAACGGCGUGCCGCAAGGCCUGUCGUCGGCGAUCUUCACCGGCGACAUCCGCGAAGCGGGCCGCUUUACCGGCCCCGCCGGCAGCGAUUGCGGCAUCGCCAACGUCAACAUCGGCACCAGCGGCGCCGAGAUCGGCGGCGCCUUCGGCGGCGAGAAGGACACCGGCGGCGGCCGUGAGAGUGGCUCCGACAGCUGGAAGCAGUACAUGCGCCGCACGACCACAACGGUCAACUACGGCGCCGCCCUGCCACUCGCGCAGGGAGUGAAGUUUGACGUUUGA